AUGGAAGAACCCAAGAUUACAAUGUUGUCUAAGCUUUCAACAUUGUCAAAUAACUACACAUUGAAGUUGAAAAUCAUCUCUAUUUGGAGAAAAAUGAUGCAUGCAUCUAAGAACCAGAUAUUCCGGGUUGAUAUGAUAUGCAUGGACGAAGAGGGGCAUACUAUUCAAGCAAGUUGUCUUCACCGGAUUCUUCCAAAGUUUGACCAGUUUUUCAAGCUCGAUCAAUGUAUUGUAAUUAGCAGACCUUCUCUUGCUCCUUACAAUACAAGUAUCAACCAUACCAAAAACAACCAGAAGCUGACAUUUAAUAUGUACACACAAAUUCAAAGAACCGAUGAUUGGGAAGGUCCAAAGUAUUGCUUCUCAUUUGUGAAAUUCCGAGACGUUGUUGAGAAUGUUGUUCCCAUUAAUUCACCUGUUGACUUCAUAGGAUAUGUCGAAGUGUGCUUCAAUCUGGAAGACACUAAUAAGAAAGAUGGAACUAAAGGCAAACGAUUGAAUUUGAAACUUAAAGAUAUUGAUGAUCAACAAGUUACUGCUACACUUUGGGACGAUUUCGCAAUUGAGAUGCAUGGAUACUUUAACAAUCCUAAUCGUGAAAAGCAUGUUGUGGUGUUGGUUCAUUUUGGUGUUGUUAAUAUGUAUAAAGAUCAACCUGGUUUGUCUACUUCAUUUGAUAUAAGUAGAAUGUGGAUCAAUGUUGAACUUGAAGAAAUUUCUUCUUUCAAGAAUAGUUUUAUAGAGAAGUUUGCAUCCACACCGUCGUCGAGUGAUAACGUCAGAUCUUAUCUUAUAUCAUCUGUUGAGGAUUCUUUUAUGAACAAUCCUUCAUUUGUUCUCACUGCUUUUCUGGGUACCAUCGAGAAGAAGAAGAAAGUUAUUUUGGUUGGCACCAUACUUGCUAUUUGCUCAGAAAAAAAUUGGUACUACAACGCUUGCAGCUAUUGCAAGUCCGGGGUUGAAGAGUCCUUUAUUACAGUUGAUAAAGAUGAUGGUUCAGGUGAAGUUGAAGAUAGGAUCAUUGUAUUAUGCACCAACACUAAGUGCAAAGGAGUUGAUAUUGUGUCUCUCCCUCGUUUCAAAAUUCCUAUUCGCGUACAAGAUUCAUCUGGUACGGUUACGUUGACUCUCUUUGAUUACGAGGCCUUCAAGAUUUUUAAGAAAACUGCUAAAGAAUUGCUUGAGGUGCAGGACAAGGUAAAUUUAAAUUAUAAUUUUUUGUUCUGA